AUGCCUCCCAAGGGGCCUUUCAAGGUACACUCCCUGAGCAAGCACAUCGAGGACACCAAAAAGGGCCUCGGCGCCGAAGCACAGUACAACAAACGACCCGCCGCCAGAGCAGCACCCGUGAUCAAGAAGGAGCGCGGUGCCAUCAAUAAGACCAUUUUCGGUGGCGACAGUGAGGAUGAGGACGGUAGCGUCAGCAGCAGCAGCAGCAGCAGCAGCAGCAGCAGCAGCGACGAUGAAGGAGGCGCCGACUUUUUGCGGAAACUAGCUCCCCCAGCUGCGGCACCAUCAAAGGCCAAGGCCAAGCCCAAGGCCAAUCCCAAGCCCAAGGCCAAGCCCAACAAGGCGGCCAGGAACGACGAGAUUGCCGACAGCGACGACGAGCGGAAAAGCACGGCUAAGAGUCGCGCAUCAGUCAGCACUGCUCUGUCGGUGAAAGGGGAACAGUCAUCCUCGGAUGGCAGUACCAGCCGUUCUGAAUCCGAGUCCGAGUCCGAGUCUGAUUCAGAGCCGGGGAAAGGUGAAGAGAAAGGGACAGCCAACAAGAAGCCGCUCAAGAGUGCAUCCAACCCCAGCUCCACUUCCACUUCCACUUCCACUUCCACUUCCACUUCCGCAUCCGCAUCCGCAUCCGCAUCCGCAUCCGCAUCCGCAUCCGACUCAGACGGGGGGGAAAGUGAAGGCGGUGAUACCCCCGACGCAGAUAGCGAGUCCAGCGAAAGUGAGCGAGACUCCGAAAGCGAGAAGUCGAGCGAGAAAAAGGCAGAUGCGGAACGCAAGCCUGCCAAACGAUCGGCUGAUGGCGAUGCAACGAAUGGCGCUUCAGAUACUAGCUCUAGCGAGGAGAAGAGCGACGAUGAUGAAACGGCUCUCGUCGCUAGAAGGAGCGGCAAGAGGAAGGACUCUUCUUCGGGUGACUCUGACGGAAAUGACGCCGAUGAAUCAAUGCACAUGGCCGACCGGAGAGACGACGGUCCAACCGCUCCCCAAGAUUUCAUUGCCCCUGAUUUCGUCCUUCGCAAGAGCAACGAUGGAGCCAAUGGGCAGGACGUGGCUCGAAUCUGCAGCCAGGCCAAUACGCAAGGAAAGCAUGUUUGGUACUUUACUGUGCCUGCUAACCUGCCGAUUUCCGUCGUCCAGAAUAUGGAGAUACCGUUGGAUCAGUUCAACCAAGGCGAUAGGAUUUUCUCGCACGCGGGGGAAGAUUACGGGAUUUCAUUUGACAAUAUGACGCCUAAGAGCUCAAUCCAAAUUCUGAUUCCCUCUGCGGACGGGGUUCGGUACCAAUCUGGACCCAGGCCAGUUGAGCAAGUGAUGCAUGUCAAGAGAAUCACCCAACUUGGGGAUACAGUCGCAAGCACCUCGUCCGUUGGGUCAGCGGCCUCGAAACAAGCCGGACGCCCGCAACCAAAGGGCCUGAAGGCGAGAUACCAGCCAUUUGGUGUCAGCACGUCGAUGGGCCAGAUAGGAGAUGAUUCGACUUCGGAGCGGGAAGAGGACACCGAAAUGCCGGAUGCUCAUGUUCCUGCUGCCAGAUCAUCAUCAUCAUCAUCAUCCAAGCCCGCACAAGCAAAGGGGGUAGGGAAGGAGGAAGAGGAGAAGACGGAGAAGAGGAAGAAGAAGAAGAAGCGCAACGAGGAAUCGGAUGCGACUCGAAAGGGCAAGAGAAAGCUUUCGUCCGAAGACGAGGCCACGGCCGCAGCAGAGCAACUGAAGGAGGAGAAUCUCUCUGCAGAGAGCAAGGCAAAGAAGCAAAAGACGCUCAGGAAUGCCAGUCCCGAUCUUGGUUCCGACGAGCGCUCAUGCUCGACUGUCAAGAGACAAACACCCGUGCUCCCGCCUACCAUUCCCUGCUCGCAACCGGCUGCGACGACAACACCGGCAAAAUCAUGCAAGUCGAAGAGCAGGAAGAUUGCCACGCCAGCCACUGCGCCGAGGCGGACAGCCGCGCCUGCGCCGUCAGUCCCGGGAAAAGUUUCUCCUGUACUCGUGCCCACUCGUGUCGUGCCGCCCAAGCCUCUGACAGACAAGAAGGAGGAUGGGAAACCGAGAAAACGAAAGGACAGGACGGCCAUUGCCGAGACUCAGCAGAGCCCUCCGCCAAGUGCCCAAGGCGCCAAGAGCUCGAAAAAUAAGGUGACACCAGUGCCGGCUCCGGUAUUCAAAGCAUCGGGCUAG